GUGUGGUGUGUGAAAAACAUAGAAGGUGGAGGGAGGGCUGUUACAGGAGAGAGGGAGUGUGUGAGAAACAGGCAGAGGGAGGGCUUACCUGUUUCAACCAGGCAGAGAAGAGAGAGCGGGGAAAAGGCAGAUGGGCAUUCCUGAGGUGAACUCCUUUGUGUAAUUCAAGACUUUUCAGAAGAUCUAAUAGAGCUUGUGUGACUAACAGAGGACAAUGAGCUGUUUUAACUUUAUCAGAAUGAGAGGAUCCACAAACUCACCAGGUUUUUGGAAGGACUUUUCAGCUAUGAUAACCCACAUUACAUCCAGGGCCUUACACUAGUCUUGUUCAUCAGACAGUGAUGACAAGUACACCAUCGCCCCCUACUUUGAGGGCGAUGCUCAGUGAGUGGUUUUGGUGGGAUCGUCUAUGGUUGCCUGUGAAUGUAACAUGGGCGGACCUGCAGGAUAAAGAGGGGCAGGUGUACGCUCAUGUGUCUCACCUAUACAUCACUUUACCUAUAGCAGUGCUACUGUUGGGCCUCAGAGUCCUGUAUGAGAGACUGAUUGCCCCACAUAUCGCUGCAACCCUUGGAGUGAAAGACAAAGUCCAUCCCAAAGCGUCACAUAACCCCACACUGGAGCAGUUCUACAGAACACGGUCUAAACAGCCCUCACAGGCAGAUGUAAGAGGCCUCAGUAAGAAGGUGAGCUGGACGGAGCGGCAGGUUGAAAACUGGUUUCGCAGAAGGAGAAACCAGGACAGACCAGGAGUGCUGAAGAAAUUCAGAGAAGCUAGUUGGAGGUUUGUGUUUUACCUUUGCGCUUUCCUGGGAGGCCUGCUGGCUCUACGUGAUAAACCCUGGUUUUAUGAUUUACGGGAAGUGUGGGCAGGAUUUCCUAAGCAGACCCUGCUGGACUCUCAGUACUGGUAUUACAUGAUUGAGAUGAGUUUUUAUGGCUCCCUCUUGUUCAGUGUGGCAGCAGACGUCAAACGCAAGGACUUUAAAGAGCAGCUGGUGCAUCACUGGGCCACUCUGACACUGCUGUCAUUCUCCUGGUGUGCAAACUACAUCCGAAUUGGUACUCUAGUCAUGCUGGUCCAUGAUGCCUCCGACGUUUUACUAGAGUCUGGUAAGAUGUUUAAUUAUGCAAGAUGGGAGCGUACCUGCAACACCAUCUUCGUCCUCUUCACUGUUGUAUUCAUGGUAACCAGGCUAGUCAUCUUCCCUUUCUGGUUGAUCCACUGCACAUGGGUGUAUCCUCUGGAGCAGUUUCAACCAUUUUUUGGGUAUUAUUUCUUCAACGUGAUGCUGGUGGUCCUGCUGCUGCUACACAUUUUCUGGGCCUCCCUCAUCCUUCGCAUGGUCAAAAAGUUCCUCUUUGGCAAAAUGAAAGGAGAUGAAAGAAGUGAUGAGGAAGAGGAAGAUAGUCUGGAUGAAGAUCACAACCAUAAGCACUUUGAUGGCUCUGCCAACGGCCUGUCUAACGGUCACUGAUACACAGCCAGGAACAUCAACAUAACUGUCCAUAUUGGACACUCAAAUUACACCAUUAACUGACUCAGUAUAUUCAUAGCCUUUAAUUUUAAGGUGUGUGUAUAUGUACAUUACACUGGUUUAGAGAACAGAAGCACUAGUGAGAUGCCUUCUUUUCAAAACAUCUGGUUUUACCUCCUCUUACAGCCUCCAUGUUCUUCCACCUCUUCUUUGCCCUUUUUCUCUGUCUCUCACCACCCACAAGUAUGAAACAGCACCUCCUACUGGGCCCUGAGGAGGAGUGCUGUUACAGUUUUAGAAUAUAUUAUUACUUUCUCAUCAAACUGUCAAUAAAAGUGCCAGUAAGAAUUGAUAUAGGAAAGUGGACUAAGCCAAAGUCCCUUUAGCUCAAUAAAGUAUAUAAAACUU